UUCCUGAGAAACUGAGGGCGAUCGAACCACCAAUUCCCAUACCACCCGAAGCUGGUCUUGAGGUGUCGCAUCACAGGCCUGUCAGCCACCAGGAUGGGUUGUAGGUGGAUUGGGAGGCGCAGAAGAAAUAUGAGGCUGCACUAAUGCAGCGAGAGAUUGUGGCGGAGCUGAAGGGAAAUGGACAAUUCCCAAGACACUACCGCGAAAUACUAGGAGUGAGGGCCUUGUGGUUCUGGGUACCUGUAGCACUUCUUGCUGCUGGAAUUGGAGGUGGUAUUGCAGGAGGAAUGAAAAGCAGGAACAAAAACAAUGAUCUGAAGUAAGCAGACUUUGAUUUCUGGCGCAAUUAAAAUUAACGUGUAGCUACCAGGCAAAAUCAAUCGCAGUCAACUCUAACGGUCACAAACGUAAAUUCGCCGUGUCAAACCGACCCAUGCUCAAAUAAUACAAUAGUUCAAGUUAUUCCAGGCAUGGAUAUGAAACCCACAAACUUCCGACUAUUUUGUAAUCGAACUUUCGAUGUAGAUUCCAGUAUAAUGCUUCAGCACUUCGCGGUGCCUAACACAGUGGCAGAUUUGGGUGGCUGUAUGGAGGCUUGUCUAGACUACAAUGCAGGAAAUGGGACUGAAAGCGGUACUCAGGCCUCGUAUGGUAUAUGUUAUGCUGUCACAAUCAGUAAGAAUGAGACGAGCGGUCAGGAAUGGUGCAGUUUAUUUGCAGCGAGCGGAUGGGGGACUGAUGAAGUAGGAGCAGAUUGUGCUGUCAAUCUGUCGCCGCCGAGUCUAGUAAGCAGUAGUAUUCUCACUGCUGAAAUUAGCGGUACGCGGUCUGCUACUACUUCCACACUAUCUUCUACUAGGCCUCUCCUUGGGGCUGAAGAGAUAUGUACGACGAACGGGCUGGCGACGAAAGUCAUGGUAGCAACUAGCUUGCUCCAAGUCGUCCCUGUUUCAUCCGUUAUGAUCGGAGGCCAAACAUUCACAGCGUCCCCAUCAUUAUCUACUCCCAAUUAA